AGCGUAAAGACGCUGAGAAAAAAAACAGUUGAGAUGGACGCAGAGGCUCUCAGCAUCUGGACCUAACCAUGACGGUUUGGCUUCAUUCUACGGUUGUAAUUGAUAAAUAAAGAGGAGAAAAGCGACACUUACGAUGUACGGGUUUGUGAAUCACGCCCUGGAGCUCUUGGUUUUAAGGAAUUACGGCCCAGAAGUGUGGGAAGACAUAAAGAGGGAGGCUCAGCUCGACAUUGAGGGUCAGUUCCUUGUUCGAAUCAUAUACGAAGAUGCUAAAACCUACGAUCUUGUUGCGGCUGCAAGUAAAGUUCUGAAGGUCGAUGCAGGAGAAAUCUUGCAGAUGUUUGGGAAGAUGUUUUUUGAGUUUUGCCAGGAGUCGGGCUAUGACACCAUAUUACGUGUGCUGGGCUCAAAUGUCCGGGAGUUCCUGCAGAACCUGGACGCCCUACACGACCACCUGGGUACCAUUUACCCCGGGAUGAGGGCGCCAUCGUUUCGCUGCACAGACGCUGAGAAGGGAAACAACCUGAUCCUCCACUACUACUCUGAGAGAGAAGGGUUGCAGGAUAUUGUGAUUGGCAUCAUUAAAACAGUCGCUCAACAAAUCCACGGCACAGAGAUAGAGAUGAAGGUGAUCCAACCCAAGAGCGAGGAGUGUGAUCACAUCAAGUUUCUGAUUGAGGAGAAGGACUCAGAAGAGGAGGCGUUCUAUGAAGAUCUCGACGGUUUUGAGGAGAACGGCACGCAGGAGACUCGAAUCAGCCCGUACACCUUCUGCAAGGCUUUCCCCUUCCACCUUAUGUUUGAUAAAGACCUGAUGCUCACACAAUGUGGAAACGCCAUCUACAGGGUGCUACCACAGCUCCAGCCUGGUGCCUGUAUCCUUCCAUCCGUUUUUUCCUUGGUUCGUCCCCACAUCGACUUCAGUUUUCAUGGCAUCCUGUCCCACAUCAACACUGUCUUUGUUCUUCGGAGCAAGGAGGGCCUGCUUAAUGUGGAGACUGUGGAGAAUGAGGAUGAGCUGACAGGGGUGGAGAUCAGCUGUCUGAGACUGAAAGGGCAGAUGAUUUAUUUGCCUGAGGCAGAGAACAUCCUUUUCCUUUGCUCGCCCAGUGUUAUGAACCUGGAUGAUCUGACGAGGAGGGGGCUCUACCUCAGUGACAUCCCGCUGCAUGAUGCCACGCGUGACCUGGUGCUGCUAGGGGAACAGUUUCGUGAGGAGUACAAGCUGACCCAGGAGCUGGAAAUUUUGACAGAUCGUCUUCAGCACACACUGAGGGCCCUGGAGGAUGAAAAGAAGAAGACAGACAGACUGCUCUACUCUGUUCUGCCACCGUCUGUUGCCAACGAGCUGCGCCACAAGCGCCCGGUCCCAGCCAAGCGUUACGACAACGUCACCAUCCUGUUCAGCGGCAUCGUUGGGUUCAACGCUUUCUGCAGCAAGCACGCCUCGGCCGAGGGAGCCAUCAAGAUAGUCAACCUGCUCAAUGAUGUUUACACGCGCUUCGACAUCUUGACAGACUCUCGGAAGAACCCUUAUGUAUACAAGGUGGAAACAGUGGGUGAUAAGUACAUGACAGUGAGCGGUUUGCCGGAGCCUUGCACGCACCAUGCCAAGUCAAUAUGUCACCUCGCCCUCGAUAUGAUGGAGAUUGCGGGACAAGUCAAAGUGGACGAUGAACCAGUACAGAUUACGAUCGGGAUCCAUACUGGAGAGGUAGUGACAGGUGUGAUUGGCCAACGGAUGCCCAGAUAUUGCCUUUUUGGAAAUACAGUCAACCUCACAAGUCGAACUGAGACGACGGGCGAGAAGGGAAAAAUUAACGUCUCAGAAUACACUUACAGGUGUUUGCAGUCCGCUGAGAACGCCGACCCCCAGUUUGAUCUGGAGUACCGCGGCCCGAUCACCAUGAAAGGAAAGAAGGAGCCCAUGAAGGUGUGGUUUCUUUCUAGGAAGACCAAUGACACAUCAGAGUCUGCUGUGGUUAAACUUUAAACCUCAAAAAUCAGUGUUAUUCAACAAGGAAUUCAGCUCCUUAGGUUCUUUUGUCAUUUAAAAAGAUAUUUUAAUAUAUUUAAAGAAAAGUGUUUUAAACUGUAUUUGAACUCAUCCUCCCUUUUUCCCUCACAAACUUGAUCCAUUGUUACCACACUUUAGUUUAUAGAAUCGUGCAGUGUUUAUACAUCAUAUAGCUUGGUAAAUUCAAUGACUUUCUUAUUUUAAAUAAAGUAUUGUAUACAAAAUGUAGGUAACUAAUAAGCUAAAUAUUUAAAAUCAGCAACAAACGUUUAGAGUGCCAAGUGUUGGUGGUGUGUUUAUAUCACCUCAUUAUUGCCAAAAUACUGUUUACAUUGAGAAAGAGCUUAUUGCCGUCAUGAUGAUUGAUUGUGUUUCUUUAUCAAUGACAUUAAUUUAGAUGUCAGAUGUUCUAUGUUUUUGGCUGAUUUCAUUAAUUUAGAUAGUAAACCAAUAAGAAGAAAAAAUAAAGAUAAAGUUUUUUAUAGUCAAAGAUUAAAAAUUGUUGUAUUACCAUCUUUGCCAGAACUAUUGAAAUAGCUUUGUCAAUAAAUAUGAACACUAGUUUUAUACAUUUAUUCCACCUGGCUCUGAUUGUUUCUCAUUGUUCCCUAUUUUAUGGUUCCUGCAGCACAAUAAUACAAGGAAACAGUUUCUAGGUCUGCAGUUUCUUACAGAAAUCGUCUUACUAUAUAUUUAUUAUUUGUUUCAUUUUAUCUAGUAUUUAUUCUUUUAUGUA